GCCACCCAGUGGAACAGAAUAUAUUGUAACACCGGUGCUCGUGCACGCAAGCUUCUUCCUCUGCUCAUGAAGAAUCCUGUCAGCAAUCCUGUCAACAGCAGCGUAAAAUAAAGUCAUCAUCAUCAUCAUCAUCAUCAGAUAGCAGCAGAUGAUCAGGCAUGAUGAGUUCACCUGCUGUCAUGCUUUCCAAAGUGGUCACCAUGGCUGGGGUCACUGCACACAAGAUCAGUAAACAGAUUACCUUCUUCACCAGUGACGUCGAUGGGACUCCUACGGCUAGCUUUUCAACUGGUCAGCCUAAACCUAUAUUGCUUUUACUGCCCUGGCUAGGCUCUAGACCACAAGCUAUUGCGAAAUACUGUGAGAUUUACUUUAGCACGGGCUUUGAUGUACUCGUAGUGGAAAGCGAGGUGAGCCAGUUCUUGUGGCCUCGCUGGGGGUUGGAGUAUGGUGGGCGUUUGCUGGAAUUAUUAGAAAGCGAGCGCUUCUCUCAGCGCCCCCUACUGGUCCAUGCUUUGUCCAUAGGGGGAUAUACAUUUUCUCAGGUGCUUGUACAUGUGGCCAAAGACACCCAGCGUUACCAAGGCCUGACAAACAGGAUCAGGGGUCACAUCUACGACAGCCUGGUCAUGGGAUCACUGGAGCAUAUGGCCACUGGCCUAGGUAAAACCAUGUUUCCCCGGAUGGAAGGUCUCGUGAGAACGGCUAGCCUUCUGUACUUCCGUGUCUUUAAACACCAGACAGUUGACUACUUUAACCAAGCGAUCAGCAUUUUCUGGAACACUCCUGUGAACGCACCUGCUCUCUUCUUUUUCUCUGAGAACGAUGCACUGUGCGAUUACAAGAGCAUGGAGAAGAUGGUAGAGUUCUGGAGGAAUCGAGGCCUAUCUGUCGAGAGCAAAAAGUGGAAGGAAUCUCUUCAUGCAGGUCAUCUGCGCAUCCACCCUCAGGAAUACCUGUCCACCCUGGAGAACUUUGUGCUGUCCCUCAACAUGGUGCCUCUAAAGGCCAAAAUGUGAAUGGCAAUCGCCUGUCUCAAACAUCAGAAAUUGCCUGAAGUGCCUACUUUUGUUACAUAGACAUUCUCAUGGUCUUGGUUCUAAUUGAAUUGCUUCUGUCUUGCAAAAAUGGAUUGUUUCUCAAACAUCUUCAGUCUAUCGAAAUAUUUAUGAGACUACAUUAAAUGAAAACCAUAACAUUACCGUGUUGAAGAUGUGUAAUUCUACAUACAAUCUGUUGAUAUGUGACCAAUUUGGUUUAUAGCACUACAAUGGAAAUCUCCUGCACUUCCUCAAAAUGACUAUCUUUACAUUGUAUAUCAUUAUUUUGUUGUAGAUAUUUAUGAUCAACAACAGUAAAAGAUUUAGGAAAUUCAUACCUUUUGUAUGUAGUGAGUCAUAGCUUAUAUGACAACAUUGACUUAACAUCUAACAUCUAUCUAUAGUAUGUUCAUUUGAAUACACUGACUGCCAAUCUUGGAUCAUUGAUCUGUUGGCUUCAAAAGGUAACAGCUCUGAUAUGUAUAAUAUCAUGUUAAAUAAAAUGUAUAACAUACCGUUUGACACAAUCCUGGUAAACCUAUAUGCAUUCUUGUUUUUCUAUCAGUGACACAUGAAUAAAAUAAAGGUGGUGUGUUCAGGUACCUAUACAUAAAAUAUGGUGAAUACAAGUAAAAUCGGAGACUUAGGUUUUUUUGUUACAUAUUUCUAUACUUUUAUUCUGUAUGGUGUAAUGGAGAUCUGUAGCUAUUUAAAAUUAUGGCAUAUUUUAAAACAACAUCCAUGACAAAUUAUCAAAAUGUCCUGCUUUACCUGUAUUCACUGUUUGUCAGUGCAAUAAUAAAGGUUUUUACUUUCAUCUAGCAAAAGUCAAAUAAAUCAAUCAUUCUUCUUC